ACCUCUAAUGGAGAAAAAAAGAAGAGCAAGGAUUAACGUAUCUUUAGAACAACUGAAAACAUUGCUGGAAAAUCAUUAUGCUCACAAUAUUAAAAAGCGAAAGCUGGAAAAAGCGGAUAUAUUAGAAUUAACUGUUAAGUAUUUGAAAAGUCUGCAGACCACGCGUCAAGGGGUGUCAGCCUACAGGAGCAUGGAGUACGAAGCAGGUUUUAGAAGUUGUUUAAAUGGAGUGAAUCAGUAUUUUAUGCGAAAUGGGGAACUGAGUGAGGAUCUCAGAUUAAGUGUGCUCAGAGACAUUGCUUGCUAUGUUGCCGUGGGCAAAGGACUAAAUGUCAAUACUACGGACAGCGUUUCAAAUUUCAGUACCGCGGACAGCACCUCACAAUUUCUUAUCAGCGACAAAGUUCAUUCCCUGCUGCCGGAGAGCCCAUACUUAAUGUGGACCACAAAAUCAGAACAAAGCCAACUUUUCACACCAGGCAUUAAUCCCAUUUCGCACAAAAUUAAUGCUAUUGGUCUGGCCAUAAAUGGACCUACACCGACAACAGACACUCCAAGUAGUGCACGGACUCCUGACCUUCAUCUGUUCAACACUUUGCCAAAUCGACAGGCUGCAAGUACAAAUCACACAAUGGAGCAAGUCUGGAGACCGUGGUGAAAUGGUGUUUAGUUGUACUUUACUCCAGAAAACUAUAGUAUUCUUUAUAAGAAUGUGUACUUAUAAUUUACUCGAGAAAUAUAAAGUGUCUCACUUUGAUCUCAGUAAAUUCUUACACAGUAAUGUGAUUUAUGUGCAUUAUACGAUUAUUGCUGAUAGGAAUUGUAGGGCACAUACAGUACAAUUAAAAUAAUAAUAAUAAUUACAAAAUAUGUAAUAAUUGCUCAUGCAAUGGAAAACCACGUAUUGGUCUGUUGUACAACAUAUUAGGAUAUUUACUGUCUAAACAUAACGUUUUCCUUUGCAUUUCUGACUUUUGCUUAUUACAUACAAAUGAAAAUCCAGAAUCGCAUUAAAUACCUGCAGUGAACUUGAAUGAAAGUGCCAUUGCAAUGGCUCGAGAAUCCCGUCUGUCUCCCUCAGAAACAAAAUAUAUAUGUAUACAUUUGGAAUUAGUCUUUAGGCAUGAUAGUUUGAUGGAUGUCCAUAUGAUGGAUACUGAACCUUUGUGUUCGAAUCGUUUAUAUCAAAGCAUAAUGGAUGCACCGUUCAUUCAAUUAAACCUAAAUCCACAGUGCUGUAAAAUACUGUUGUGUAGAAGUUGUGCUGAUCUUUACUGAAUUGUCCUUUUGUUCAAGUAAAAAGAGGAGCAAUUUUUAUAAAUCCAGAGUUCUGUAAGUUUGAAAAUGACUGGUAUUGGUUGCAAACUGUAAAUUUUGUAUAUUUGUAAUUAGCUAAGUGUGUAAAUAAAACAUAUACAAAGUGCUGCAGACAGCCAUGGCUAAAGUGUUUUACAUGCGAUAGUUUAUUAUUUCACUUUUGGCUGGAACACUCUGCUGAACAAUAUUAAGUGAACACGAAUGUAUGUAACUUUACUUACUGUGUAGCUGAAAUACUAUAAUGUGGAAGAGAUCAAAACAUUUUGCAUCCAUUAAAAUACUAUCGCGACAGAAUACGUUCAGUGCACCAUCUUUCAAAAUGUUUCAUAAAGUAUUAUUGAAUAUUGUUAUCUGAAAGGGUGCAUAUUAAAAGUCUAACAAAAGUGGGGAUGACACAUUUUAAAUAUUAUCUGCAGUCAAAUAUAACAGAAGGGAGACACACGAUGAACAUUUCUAAGUUACUUUAAAUUGGGGGCAGGAACCAUGUACCAACGCACAUAAAUACACAAACACAUAGAUGCACACCUGUUCAAUGAAUGCCACGGGAUUCAAAAGGCAUGAUGCUGCAUUAACAAAACUAUAAUGUUCCAUAUCUAACAGAAACAGGCACCAUGCCAAUUUAGAGGCGCUUCAUUAUGGCUCAUUACAUCAAUUUGUAUAGACUACUAAUUAGGUUGAUGGACAUAAAAUUGUUUGGAUCGGAUAUAAUAACUCUGUGAACUGGCACAAAUACAGCAUGUUGUUUCAUGUUAUGGGCAUUACCACAUGCUGACCUGAGGAACUUAAGCAUUACUUGUGAUAACGGUUGUCAUGUCUAUAGGUAUAUAAGGACUGUCUCCCUUUAUCUCUAUUUCAUUUUGAUAUAUUUAUUUACCUGGUUAUAAAGUUUGUACAAACAUUUUUUGUAGACACAUUUUCUAUAUCUUUGUGGUUGGGUGAUCACUUCAUUUUUUAUUGCUGACAUGGUUGCAGCCACAUAUUUUCCAUUUCAUUUUUCUAAAGAAAUUCAAUUAUAUUACUGCUUUCAAACUUUUAAAUGCAAGCUGACUGCAUCAUUAGAUCUGGAAUAUUUUAUAAUAUAAAAAGGCACCUCCUGUGGAUUAUUCAGUCUAGACUUUUUUGUAGAACUAGAGUAAUUUUCAGAGCGAACUAGUGCCUGUUGGUUCUGUUGUGUAUUUUGUUAGUUUUGUGAUUCCAUUUUUUUUAUUGUUGAAUUAAUCUGUGCAUUUGUAUUUUACUGGUAUGUGUUCCUUAGUGCAGGUGUUAAUAUCAUUGAUCCAAUUGUUAGUAUCAUAAUCAUAAUUAUUUGAGUAAUUAAAGAUAGUAUCAAAAUCUUUCAUAAGUAUGUGAUUUAUUGCAUCAUAGUGUCCCUUGAUAAAGUCUAGGAAGACUGAUUUAUUUAUGUUUGACUUUGAGUUUUACUCUUAGAAUAAAGAAUGUGUUGUCAUUAUGUGUGUUAAUUUCAUAGGGUGUAACAAUGGGUGGGGAACAGACAGAUCCUAGGUUUGUCUGUAUGAUAUCUAAGAUAUCACCAUUCCAACUUGAAUGUCACAUUAUUUGUUGCAACUUGUUUUGAUUCUCAUAAUCAAU